AUGGCACUGCGACGCACAUAUGUGCAUCUGAACGCUGUCCAGCAGUCAAUAGUCCCGCUCCCGCCCUUCCUGUAUGCGCCGCCAGCGGAGUCCCUGCUCACCACAGCCGACACCGCUGCGGUCCUGCAUGCCGAGGGCGUAAGCAAUGGGGCGCCAGGGCGCAGCGGCUCAAUAGACGCUGACCUGGACUUUGCAGUUGAGGCGGCUGCCGAGGCGGCCGCGCUCGCGGUGACGCCCGCCACUUCGCCCGGGGCGGCAGCAGCAGCGUCGGCUUCGGCAGCGGCGAACGCCUCAGCGGAUGCGAAGGGAGCGUCGGUGGCAAGCGCGCAGGAUGGCUCGUUCCUGGCUGUGCUGGGGAGGGUCGCAGCCCUGGCGCUGCCGCUGAUGGUCCAGAACGUGGCCGGCUACAGCAUCAGCAUCAUCGGGGCGGUCUUCAUCGGCCGCCUGGGGCCGCUGCUGCUGUCCGCCUCGGUGCUGGCCAACUCUUUGUACAACUGCACCGGAUUGUCCAUUGCAAUUGGCCUGAGUGCGGGGCUGGAGACACUCUGCGGCCAGGCCUACGGCGCAGGCAACUACAAGGCACUCGGCCUGCUGCUGCAGCGCGCCCUCGCCAUCUGCGCCGCCGCCUGCGUGCCCAUUGCGCUGCUGUGGCUUGGCUCAAACAGCGUGCUGCUCGCCAUGGGCCAGGAGCCGGCGAUCUCAGCCCUGGCCAGCCGCUACCUCAUCUUCUGCAUCCCCUGCCUGUUCCUGUCGAUCUGCACGGAGUGCCUGCGCAGGUACCUUCAGUCCCAGCGGGACGUGCGGCCGGCCAUGAUCAUGGCCGCCACCGCCACCGCCGCCGCGCCGCUGCUCUUCUGGGCCGCCAUCAACCGUGCCGGCUGGGGCCUGGACGGUGCGGCGCUCGCGUUCAUCGCCUGCCAGACCAUCCAGUUGACGGGGCUGGCUGCGUUCGCGGUGGCGCGGGCGCGGCGGCUGGAGGGGGACCCGCGGCAGACCUGGGGCGGGUUCAGCGGCGAGGCGUUCCAGAAGUGGGGGGAGUACCUCCAUUACGGCGUCCCCGCCGCCCUGAUGAUCUGCUGCGAGUGGUGGGCCUACGAGGUCGCCAUCCUGUGGGCCGGCCUCCUGCCCGACGCCGCGCUGUCGCUGUCCACGAUGGGCAUCUGCCUCUCACUCAACGCCUUUGUGUACAUGCUGCCCCUGGGCCUGGCCUCCAGCGUCAACACCUCGGUAGCCAACGCGCUCGGCGGCGGCGACGGGGCGCGGGCGCGGGCCGUGUUCCUGAGCGGGCUGGGGCUGGCCGUCGCGCUGCAGGCGGCGAUAGUCACCGGCGUCUCCUUCGGGUGGGGCGGCCUGGAGCGGGGCUGGAGCGAGGCCGGGCGGGCGGGCGCGCUGCGCGUGGUCGCAGACAGGGAGGCGGCUUGCGCCCUCAUCGCCAUCGACGGCGUCAUCGCGACGCUGUCUGGCGUGCUACGCGGCAGCGGCCGCCAGAAGCUGGGGGCCGCCAUCAACUUCGCGGGAUACUGGGCGGUCGGCCUCCCCCUCUCGUGGCUGCUGGCCUUCCCGCUGGGUAUGGGGGAGCGCGGCCUGUGGAUGGGUAUCGCGGCCGGGGCCGCGCUGCAGCUGGCGGUGCAGGUCUUCUUGCUGUCGCGGUGGGACUGGGGCAAGGAGGCGGCACGCGUGCAGCGGCGCAUGGCCGAGGCGGCGGCGCGGGGACUGCCGCCGCCGGAGCUCGCAGGGGCACACUGA